GCCCAAGUAUUAAAUUUGUGCUUUUUAAGUUUUCCCCAAACGGUCACACUACUAAUGGGACUUGAAUUGUGUAUUUUUUAAAGUUGCUGUUUGGUCACACCACCUGUCUCCAUUUUCCAAGAUGUCCUUUAAGCCUAUCGAUCCGAAGCGCGACGAGAUCCGUCGCUACCUGGAGCGCGGCAGCGUCCUGGACUCGCUCACCAAGAUCUUCAUACGCGUGAUCAAAGUGCGCCCAGAGAAUCCAAUGGAGUACAUCAGGAAUAAUAUCGGCGUGGUGCGCCACCAGCAUGACAAGUACGAGCGCCUGCAGCAGGACCUGCAGCUGGCCAACGAGGAGAUUCAACGUCUGCGUGCCAUCAUCAACGACAUCAAUCCCGAUGUGCUCCAAGGCCAUCAGCCUGUCGUGGCGUGCGAGGCCUCCUCGGACAUUUCCGAAGCCAUCGCAGACCCGGCUCCAAUGGAGGGGGAGGAGGUGCUCCCGCAGCAGCAGCAGCAAGAAGAGGGAGAGGCCAAUCAGGUGGCUGGAGAAAGUGCUGCAGACAUUGCGGACCUUACCGCCGCCGUCGAGGCCAGCCACAUUGAGGAGAAACCUGUGGCCACUGCGAACGAGAGUGCAACUGCUCACCCCACAAGCCCAUCCGUCCAAGCUGAGGCUAGCAGCCCCGCCGAGUAGAUCUCGAGAGCACGCUCACACCAAAAACAUACCAUUAGAAAGCAUUCAUCUAGAACAAGUUACAAGUAUUUUCCUAAUGUAAAUGUACAUAAAUAAAGCAGAAUACGCGAUAUGAAAGCCUG